AUGUUUCCUCUGGACUCGCCUUGGAACAUCUCUUUUGCGGGAUGCGGGUUCCUCGGGAUCUACCACGUUGGAGUCGCCAGCUGUUUACAGGAGCAUGCGCCUUUCCUCGUUCAAAACGCCCGGCACAUCUAUGGGGCAUCUGCAGGGGCUCUAACCGCCACGGCCCUGGUCACUGGGGUCUGCCUUGGGGAGACUGGUGCAGGUAUCAUUGGUGUUGCAAAAGAAGCCAGGAAGCGAUUUCUGGGACCUAUGCAUCCUUCUUUUAAUCUGGUGAAAAUCAUGCGCCACAUGCUCCAUCGGACACUGCCAGCUGAAGGGCACCUCUGGGCGACGGGACGGCUGGGGAUCUCUCUGACCCGGGUGACUGAUGGAGAAAAUGUCCUGGUGUCGCAGUUUAACACAAAGGAGGAGCUGGUGCAGGCGAUUGUUUGCAGUGCUUACAUUCCAGUUUAUUGUGGGCUAAUUCCCCCUUCACUGCGAGGAGUGAGAUAUGUUGAUGGAGGCAUCUCAGACAACUUGCCGCAGUAUGAGCUGAAAAAUACUAUUACCGUUUCGCCGUUUUGUGGAGAAAGUGACAUUUGCCCAAGAGACAGUUCAACCAACAUCCAUGAGCUCCGAUUCACAAACACCAGCAUUCAGUUCACCCUGGGGAACCUUUACCGAGUCUCCAAAGCUCUUUUCCCUCCGGAGCCUAAGGCAAUGAAAGCCAUGUGUAAACAAGGCUAUAAAGAUGCACUGCACUUUUUAAAGAGAAAUGGUUUACUGCAUCUAAAUGAUCCACUGUCAAUGCCUCACAACGAAGAAGAUCACAUGAUUCAGAGAAAUGAUGUCGUGAUGGAAAGGCCAGAUGAUGACGAGCCAGCGGACAUGGAGGACCUUUUAAAAGAUCUUCCUCCUGCUCUUCAUAAUGCUCUGAUUGAAGCGUGUACUGAGCGCAGGAGCCUCACACAGUCCAUCAGAAACCUGCUCCCAGUCAGAAUGGCCUCCACACUGAUGCUUCCGUAUACUCUCCCCCUAGAGUCCGCUAUGUCUCUAACUCUCAGAAUGUUGGAGUGGCUUCCAGAUGUGUACGAAGAUGUCGGCUGGAUGCAGGAACAGAUACUGACGAUGAUUCAGCACAUUCUGCGUCAGGCCUCACAAAACCUUACACAGCAUGUUUCUGCGCGGUUUUCCUGUGAAGUGCAGCUGUACCACCACCCGUCCUCCGCUCAGAUGGGCUCUCCCGGCCUGCUGCCUACCUGGGUGACCGACGGCAGCUCUGCGGUGCUCGGUGCCUUCAUGCAGCUGGACUACUACAAGAGGCAGCUGUUGUCUGGAGCUCUGCGGUUCAACAUGGAAAUGCAAGGCUCUGUCAAAAGCACACGUCUGUACCCCGACCGGACUAUGUCUUGUCCUGCCCUUUUCUCGGAGGAGUUUACUGGCCUUCAACCUUCUCUCAUGACGUAA